CGAUGUUUCGAUUUUUAUGCAUGCUCAUCAGUUUACCUGGCAUAAUAAUGAUUUCCUCGGUUCCGACUCGGCCCAGAUGGUCCGGAAACUGAAUAGCAAGCAUGUCCUCCAGAACGGCUACAUGAAUCUUCGUUGCCACCUGGAACCCGGGUGUCCGGAUCACAUUCACCCUUACGUGGGAAAGGACUCCCAGGAUAUUCUGGAUGUUCCCGAAGCAGCGGUGAUUGGAAAGGCCUGGGGUCAAUUGUUUCCUCAGGAUCCAGUCCCACCAGUACUUUCCCAACCAUGCUGUGCUCAGUUCGCGGUCAGCGCCGAUCGGAUUCGGCGAAUUCCUCGGCAGCGCUAUGUUGAUUAUCGCGAGUGGCUUUUGGCGACCGAGCUUGAUGAUGAACUAUCUGGGAGAGUCUGGGAGUAUGUAUGGCAGUGGUUAUUUACGGGCCAGCCGGAGCUUUGCCCCGUAGAAACGACUUGCUAUUGUCAAGGCUAUGGGGUUUGCCUUGACCCUGAGGAAUAUCGCCUCUACUACCAGACUCGAGAUGAAGCUCGCAAAUUACAGGAAGAGGUGGUGGAGCUGGAGCUAAAUGAGUCAGGGCUUAUGUCUGAGGAGAGAGCUAUGGAAUUAAAGGAAAGGAUUCAUGAGCUACACGGGCAAAUGAACAAGAUCGAAGCCAAAGCGAGGGGCGAGGAGUUAUAAUUAUCUGACGCCGGUGGGAUAUGGUUGGCUGGAGAUCAAAUAUAACAGGCAGGUUCUGUUAGGUUCUCUUUCCUAUCUUUCCUCAUUCCUUUUCUUCGAGCUCUAAAUGUGUAUUGUUGUGAUCUCAGGGGAAAGAUGGGCAGAAUGAU